UACAAAAACCAAGUAAAUAAAUUUGUGAAAGUCAUUGAUAGACUCAGUUAAAUUACAGUAGAAAAUUGAUUCAAUAUUUUUUUUUGUUGAUAUAAAAAAAACAAUAAUAUACUGAAUGUAUUGUUGUCUUAAAAACAAAUCACAUGGUAUUUCAUACAAGAAUAUCGGAGGGUAUAAUAAAAAAGAAAACCCAUGAAGGUUAUGUUUAAACAAACCGGUCCAUAUUAUACUGGUUUUUUAUAUUACAAGUGAAUUGUUUCUAUUUUAUUUCUAUUGUUUUGUAUUUUGGAAUAUUUUUUUCAUUAUAUAUAAGGUACAUAAUUUUAAAUGGCAAAAAUGAAGGGUUCAAUAUAUGAAAUAAUGUCUGAAUUAUUUAAAGAUGUACAAAAAAGUAAAGCAAGUCAUAAAGAAUAUUUUGAGUCUUUAAAAAAUUUAUACAAAGAAUCAAAUUUUGAUGAAUUUUUCGAUUCAUUUUUAUUAUGUAUAAAAAUAACAUUAGCCCAUGAAGAAAUGAGUGAAGAAGUACAAAAUGCAUUAGAAUUUUCAGCUGAAUUUGCAGCAAGAUUAAGUCCACCAGCUCCAAUACAUGAAGCUAAAAUGUGUCCAUUAUUAGAAAAAAUAUUUAAUUUUAUAUUUGAUAAUCAUGGAGCAAUUGAUACUGGUGUUAGAUCACGUAUAUGUAGUUUUUUAUCAUUAUUAAUGAGAAUAAUGUCUGAAUGUUCAGAAGAAGUAUGGAUUAAUAAUAAUAUAUGGGAAAAUAUAUUAAUAACAAUGACACAACGUUUAAUUGAUAAAUCACCAGAAGUUAGAAUUGAAGCUGUACGUGCACUUUAUAAUUUACAAAAUGCAUCUGAUAAUAAUUGUCCAGUUAUUAGUAAAUAUAUAACACAUUUAUCAAGUGAUCUUAAUCCAAAUGUUAGAAAAGAAAUAAUUAAUAAUAUUGCAAGAACAAAUAAAGCAAUUGAUGCUGUUAUUGAACGUACAAUUGAUAAUGAUGAAACAGUACGUGAAUGUGCAUAUUUAUAUUUAUGUAAAAUUGCUGAAAUUGAAAAAAAACCAUUGAGUAAAAAAAAUCAAAAAAUAUUAAUAAAACGUGGCUAUAAUGAUACACCAAUUGUACGUAAUGUUGUUUGUAAAAAAUUAAUAUUAUCAUGGUUAAAUGCAUAUAACAAUGAUAUAUUUGAUUAUCUUGAAUCAUUUGAUUGUACUGAUGACAUUGAUAAUACAAUUGACAUUGUAUUGACAUCAUUAUUAAAUGAACAGCCUAUAAAUACAAUUUUAAAACAAUUACCAAUUGAUUUAGAAACAACAACAAUACCAGUUGAAGAUAUUAAAUGUGAAUAUAUUAUAUAUUGGCGUUAUUUAAUAAAACAUUUAAAUAAUCUUGAUUAUCAUGAUUUAUUAAAUUUAAUAUUACCAGAUUUACGUGAAUUUUGUGAAUACAUU